GGGAGCACAUUCCACCUGCCAUGCUGUAAUAAUACAAUGUAGCUGCUUCACUCCACCACCGCACCACCUACAAUAGCUUCCAUUUCUUUUGGUUUGAUUCCACGUCGCUGCACUAUGGAGCUUCUGGCCAGAAUGACAGAGGAGAACCCGAUACUGAACCUGUCCCAUCUGCGGCUGGGUGAUCUGAACCUGGAGCAAAUCUCAGACUCCAAGAGGAAACAGAUCGAGCAGCUUCAACUGGCCUACAACGGCAUGACGAUUUUUCCCACAUCUAUCUGUUUGCUCUCCAACCUGGAGUUACUGGAUAUAAGCAACAAUGCACUUACAGAGGUACCUGAAGAAAUUCUGCAACUCACUAAACUCAAGACUCUGGUUGCCAAAAAUAACCACCUGGAUGAAACCUCGUUUCCUAAGUGUUUUGGAUCCAUGCCCAUAGAGAGCCUGAACUUCAGUGGAAACCGCUUUACAGAAAUACCAGCACAGUUUCUACAUCUCCGCCAUCUGCAGUCUCUGUCUCUGGGUGGAAAUAGAUUAAAGAGUAUCCCAGCAGAAAUUGGAAACCUUACCAGGUUGGAGAUGUUGUAUCUGGGAGGUAAUAUGAUCUCAUCUAUUCCUUCUGAACUGGCUAACCUGCACAGUCUCAGAUACCUGGUACUAUGUGAUAACUGCAUCCAGAGUGUACCACCUCAGCUCAACAGGCUGCACUCCUUGCUGUCUCUCAGUCUCCACAAUAACCUUCUGACAUUUCUGCCUCGUGAGCUCCUCAGCCUCGUUCACCUGCAGGAGCUCAGUCUGCGUGGCAACCCACUGGUGGUGCGUUUUGUUAGGGAUAUGAUUAAUGAACCUCCGUCACUGCUGGAGCUGGCAGGAAGGACCAUUAAGUCCAGAAACCUUCACUAUGUUUUGAGUGAUCUACCGGCCACACUGUGCCACUACCUGGACUCGGCCAGCAAGUGUCCCAACCCUGAAUGUGCAGGUGUGUACUUCGACUCAUGUGUUCGCCAUAUCAAGUUUGUUGACUUUUGUGGGAAGUUCCGGCUGCCUCUCAUGCACUACCUCUGCUCUCCUAAAUGUAGCUCUCCCUAUACGUCCAACCCUCAGAGUGACGCUGAGUCAGAGGACGAGAGCAGUGUUCCUCCAGACAGGCUGCAAAGAGUUCUGCUGGGGUAGUGCAGUUCUAACCCUCUUACACUGAACUUUAAUCAUUUGUAGGGGAACUUCAUUUCACGUCUGCCACUGUUCCUGGAAAUGCUGGGACGUGUCAGCUGACAUUUGCAAAGGACUUAUGCACUCAACACUCUACUGCCUGUACUGGGACAGGUCACACAGAUCAGCAUUCUGGGUCAAAAAGUCUUAUCUUUCAUUUAUCAAUAGAAAAUGAAGCAGAUAGAACCCAAGCAGACCAGAUAUUAUUUGGGCAGUGGACAAAUUCUCAGUACUGCAAUGACACUAACAUUGUAAUGACAUGGUUGUGUGUGCUGUACUGAUAUCAGGUGCUGCAACGUAUUUGUGUUUUUUUUUUACUGUUUACACUGGUCUCUUUAUUAAACAAAUAUCCACUAAUAUUACACUUUUAUAUGCAUACUAGCAGAGACUAGAGAGAAAUAAGCUGAAUAUCAAUUCUGCUAAUGAGUUCAACCAAUGCUUGAGUUGCUUUUUAAUUAAAGUACUGUACUGAUGCAGAACUGCCAUAUCAUACAUGUAUUUUCCACGUGGGAGCAAACUUUUGACCUCAAAUGUAUAGUGGGACAAGAAGGUUAAUUGCACAUAUAUUGUUUCUGAAGACCCACAUGUUAACCUAGAAUCUGUAUCAUCUUCAUAUGUGCAUGAGUUAAUAUGAACCUGUAAUCAGAUUAGUACAAUAAGGCUAUACUGGUUUUAUCUUCUGAACUCAUUGUAAUGGGUAGAUAAAACAAUCUCACUGAUAAUAAAGCAGAUUCUGCACCUGUU